GAGAGAGAGAGAGAGAGAGUGUGGAGUAGGUGUCAGUGAUUCUAGUGGGUUCCUGCAAAAGACCCCACCUCUCUUUUUGUACAAUUUCUGUUUUUUCACUUGAUUUUAUUUUUAUUUUCCAGAACCCACAAACCAGCAGGCCCUGCAGCUCCCUGCAAGGACAAGAUUUUGUUGUACUCUCAUCAGUUUCAUCUUUCUGAUAAGAUUUUUACUACGCAAAAGUAGUGUGUGUUGAAUAAAAAGCCAUUAAACUCUUGUUAGACACAGGUUUCUUCACUGAGAAGUAGGGAAGAGAAACGCUAGAGAUAGAGACAUCCAUAUGAAAGAUCAAAAGUUGCCCAGAUGAGAUUGAGAGUUAUGAUUUAUAUCUGAGAAAAAGACAUCUUCCUCUUCUUGUUUCUACUUGAAAAUAUAUACUUUGACAACAAAGCUUUCAUCUUUUCUCCUUCUUUGUCUCUCGCUUAUGAGCUUGAACUCAGUGUCUUUUUCUGUGGGGUGUCUUCUUUUUUUCUAGUUUCUGCUUUAAUAAAGAUGAAAAUGGUGUGAAAAGAAACUCCUGCAUGGCGAACCACAGAAUUGGAGAGACAGGCUUGUCUGACACAGGCCCUUCAAGUCACCAUCACCAUGUCCCUUAUGUUGCUGCUCUUCAUACCAGUUUCAUCAAUCAACAAGGGUCCACUUUUGAUUUAGGAGAGCUGGAAGAAGCAAUUGUGCUGCAAGGGCUUAAGAUUAGAAAUGAUGAAGCAAAAGCACCUUUAUUCACUUCUGCAGGAAGACCAGCAGCAACUCUGGAGAUGUUCCCUUCUUGGCCAAUGAGGUUCCAGCAAACCCCCAGAGGAAGUGCAAAGUCUGGAGGGGAGACAACAGAUUCAGGAUCAGCACUUAACACUUUUUCAAGCAAGGCUGAGACUCAGCUGGAGCCAGAAUCUCCUAUUAGUAAAAAGGCAUCUUCUUCGGAUCAACUCAGGCUUCAACAGCAGCAUCAACAAGUAGAUAUGUCAAAUGAUACUUCAAGAGCAGGGCCAUUACAGAAUCAAUCACCUGCCAAACAGCCUCAGGAAAAGAGAAAGGGUGCUGGUUCAACUUCAGACAAACCACAAGAUGCUAAGACACUGAGACGUCUAGCCCAGAAUAGAGAAGCAGCAAGAAAGAGCCGUGUGAGAAAAAAAGCUUAUGUGCAACAGCUAGAAUCUAGUAGGAUAAAGCUCACCCAACUAGAACAAGAGCUUCAAAGAGCUCGCUCUCAGGGACUAUUUUUGGGAGGGUGUACUGCUACUGCUGGAAACAUUAGUUCUGGGGCUGCAAUUUUUGAUAUGGAAUAUGCAAGGUGGUUGGAGAAUGAUCUGGGGCACAUGUCAGAGCUCCGAACUGGAUUGAAUGCACAUUUAUCUGACAGCGAUCUUCGGAUUAUUGUCGAUGGAUACAUUUCACAUUAUGAUGAAUUUUUCCGACUAAAAGGUGUUGCUGCAAAGUCUGAUGUGUUGCACUUGACUACCGGAAUGUGGGCAACCGCAGCUGAGCGUUGCUUCUUCUGGAUGGGCGGUUUUAAACCCUCUGACCUCAUUAAGAUGUUAAUGUCACAAUUGGACCCAUUAACAGAACACCAAGUGAUGGGUAUUUACAGCCUGCAGCACUCGUCACAGCAGGCAGAAGAGGCUCUCUCCCAGGGCCUGGAACAGCUCCAACAGUCUCUUACCGAAACCAUUGCCGCCGGGCCUGUCAUAGACGGUAUGCAACAAAUGGUUGUUGCUGUGGGCAAGAUGGCAAACCUUGAAGGCUUCGUUCGCCAGGCUGAUAAUCUAAGGCAGCAAACCCUUCACCGGCUACGACAGAUAUUGACUGUCCGACAAGCAGCGCGGUGUUUUCUUGUGAUCGGAGAAUAUUAUGGACGACUACGAGCUCUUAGUUCGCUUUGGACUUCUCGUCCUCGAGAGACGGCGAUAUGCGAUCAAGAGAACAACUCGUGCCAGACGACGACAGACUUGCAGAUGGUUCAAUCUUCACAGCAUCAUCAUUUCGCAAACUAUUCAGCAAAUGCAAGAAGUUAUCGGCCCUUAUAACAGAUCGACUGAUAGAUUAUUGCUGCAGUUCUUUCCUUCUUUAAUGUAAGAUGUUAGUGAGCGAGGCUGUUGGUGUUGGGUUGGGUAUAUCCAUCAUCCAUAUAUCGUCAAGCUUCUUUUCAGAGAAGAUAGCAACUUUUUUUUUUACUGAUCUAGUUUGAAAAUAUUUAUGUUAUAUAAUUAUAUUUAUCUUGUAAAUGUUUAUCAUUUAUCUUUAAUUAUGUUGAUGAAGAAAGGAGGCUUCUGCUUGGUUCA